UGGGGGCCUGGCAGGGGCAUCCGGCGGAGCUGGGGUCUCCGGGCUCGGUCCAGAGGAAGAGAGAGGCUGCGCUCGCUGGCAGUCGGAGGGGACGGGUUGCACCAGAAGGAGGGCGGACUCGCCCUGUUGGUGACUGCGCCGUCCAGGCCCGUCCCGCCUGGCCGCAGGUGCCCUGGAUGAGGCCGCCCUGUGCGCUCGGACCGUGUUUCCCUGCGCUCUGCCUGCUGCUCUAGCACAUGAAACACAGGAGGAGGUCGUGGAAACUCCAGUUUAUAGCCAGCUGGUCAGAAGCCCAGAAUGGGUCCUCCUGUAGAUAGCGAAACGUAACCACAUGAAGUCAAACAGAAGAAAACUUGGCAAAAAGACUUUCUAUUAUUAUUGGAUUAGAAAUCGGAAGGUAUAAUAUCUUACAGGAAUGGUAAAGCACACUAAAGAUCCUCUCAUGGCGCCCCAGUGUGCUGUGGCCCAGGGGUGAAGAUCACUGCUGUAGACUUGUUCUCUCCCAAGAGGAAUUGUUUUGACUGUGUGUUGUGCUUACUCGUUGUCCCUGAAAUUACUUAUCUUAUAAUCAAUGGAGAAAGUGAGAAAAAUGUGGAAUAACUUCAAAUACAGAUGUCAGAGUCUCUUCAGUCAUGAGGGAGGAAGCCGUAGUGAAAAUGUGGACAUGAACUCCAAAAGAUGUUUGUCUGUCAAAGAGAAAAACAUCAGUAUAGGAGACUCGGCUCCUCAGCAGCAAAGCAGUCCCUUAAGAGAAAAUGUUGCCUUACAAUUAGGAUUAAGCCCUUCAAAGAAUUCUUCAAGGAGAAACCAAAAUUGUGCCACUGAAAUCCCUCAAAUUGUUGAAAUAAGCAUUGAAAAGGAUAAUGAUUCUUGUGUUACCCAAGGAACAAGACUUGCACGAAGAGAUUCCUACUCUCGACAUGCUCCAUGGGGUGGAAAGAAAAAACAUUCCUGUUCUACAAAGACCCAAAGUUCAUUGGAUACUGAUAAAAAGUUUGGUAGAACUCGAAGUGGACUUCAAAGGAGAGAGAGGCGCUAUGGUGUAAGCUCUGUACACGACAUGGACAGUGUUUCCAGCAGAACCGUAGGAAGUCGCUCUCUGAGACAGAGGUUGCAGGAUACUGUGGGCUUGUGUUUUCCCAUGAGAACUUAUAACAAGCAGUCAAAGCCUCUCUUUUCCAAUAGAAGAAAAAUACAUCUUUCUGAAUUAAUGCUUGAGAAAUGCCCUUUUCCUGCUGGCUCAGAUUUAGCCCAAAAAUGGCAUUUGAUUAAACAGCAUACAGCUCCUGUGAGCCCACAUUCAACAUUUUUUGAUACUUUUGAUCCAUCUUUGGUAUCUACAGAAGAUGAGGAAGAUAGGCUUAGAGAGAGAAGACGGCUUAGUAUUGAAGAAGGGGUUGAUCCCCCUCCCAAUGCACAAAUACAUACAUUUGAAGCUACUGCACAGGUUAAUCCAUUAUACAAACUGGGACCAAAGUUAGCUCCUGGAAUGACUGAAAUAAGUGGGGACAGUUCUGCACUUCCACAAGCUAACUGUGACUCGGAAGAGGAUACAACCACGCUGUGUUUGCAGUCACGGAGGCAGAAGCAGCGUCAGGUAUCUGGAGACAGCCAUGCUCAUAUUAGCAGACAGGGAGCUUGGAAAGUCCACACCCAGAUUGAUUACAUACACUGCCUUGUGCCAGAUUUGCUUCAGAUUACAGGGAAUCCCUGUUACUGGGGAGUGAUGGACCGUUACGAAGCAGAAGCCCUUCUCGAAGGGAAGCCUGAAGGCACAUUUUUGCUCAGGGACUCUGCGCAGGAGGACUACCUCUUCUCUGUGAGCUUCCGCCGCUACAACAGGUCCCUGCAUGCCCGCAUCGAGCAGUGGAACCACAACUUUAGUUUUGAUGCACAUGAUCCAUGUGUAUUUCACUCCUCCACUGUAACAGGACUUUUAGAACAUUAUAAAGAUCCCAGUUCUUGCAUGUUUUUUGAACCGUUGCUUACUAUAUCACUCAAUAGGACUUUUCCAUUUAGCCUGCAGUACAUCUGUCGUGCCGUAAUCUGCAGGUGCACUACAUAUGACGGAAUCGAUGGGCUCCCUUUACCAUCAAUGUUACAGGAUUUUUUAAAAGAGUAUCAUUAUAAACAAAAAGUUAGAGUUCGCUGGUUAGAAAGAGAACCAGUCAAGGCAAAGUAAAUAAUGCUCCUGUCCCCAGUGGGUAUUAACGGAGUCUGCUUUCAUGUGCAUCAGACAGCACACACCUAUAGAAGCACACGUGCAGUGCUAGGUUUUCAUACAGUGUGUAAGCUUAGUGUUAGUAUCUGUCAGAUGCAGCCUGCUGUCACUAUUCAGAUAAACGUGGUGCCUAUUGGACAACUAGAGGUUAGAGCUACAGGUGUUCAGCAAGACUACAAAAACAUUUUGCCGAUUUAGCUAACCAUUUGGUUUUUAAUGGCUGUAGUAACUGAAUGAGGCAACUCUGGGGCAUUUGCUACGAAGAAUUCUAUUUCUUACUGAAGAACAAAUUAUUAAUAUUGGAUGAGUAUUUCAACAGUGUGACUAAUGUUUGAAACUAUUUUUUUCUAAGAGUUUUUCUAUAACCUUCCAAAAGUAGAGAUGCUUGUAGUUACUGUAAAUCAAGCUUUGGAAGUCCAAAAAUAUUAUAAAAGACUGCCUUCCUUUUAGAAAAAAAAUGCAAUUUUCCGGCCAUAAGGGCAUAGUGCAGUUCACGUAAGUGUCGAUGUAGUUUAUAGCCAGACUCCUUUUCUCUUCUGCAAAAGGUACUGUUAAGUAAACCAGGUUUUCUAAAUAGUCGUUCUUAAAAUCUCAGACUUACACAGUUAGUAGUAGAAUUUUAUUUAAAGGCCCUAGGUAUUCAUUUUUUAAUGAGUGCUUUAACUUAAAACAGAUAUUUGAAUAGCUGCUGCAACGUAGUGUCUUGUGUGUGGUUUUUUUAAGUUGAUAUGUGCAGUCUAAUCAUUUCAUAAAAGUUGGCUCUUUUUCUGUGCCCAUCAUGAGUUUGUGAACCAUGAAGAAAAUGAGACUAGAAUAUGUCCAAACAAGUCAGAUAGUAGUAACUACCAUGGUUGCUAAUGUUGAGACUGUUAUUAAACUGUAAUUAAUAAUUUGGAUGGCAGUAUUUAUCUCUCUGUUGUAAACUCUUUGUAGCUGAAUUGCUUAAGUAUAAUUUAUAGAAUUUCAGUGCAGUUGAUUCUUAAUGGAAAAUCUGAAACCUAAAUUGCAGAUUUAAAAGGUACUGUACAACCAUUGUAUCUGUAAAUAACUUUAAUUAGCACCUUUUUGUCACUUAGAAUAAUAUGUAAUACUACUUCAGUGAGCUCUUUUGGAAGUUAUAUCAAGUUCUAGUGUUUGCUUCUUAGUAUUUGAACUGAAUCUCCAGUUCCGUCUUAGACAUUUUGCACUAAAGUAGCCAAAUCCAUUCUCAUGUCUUUUUGUUAAUGUGCUCUGUACCACUGGUGAGUGCUCCAUAGUUUCCUUACCUGCUGCUACAGAAUGUUAUUUUACAUCCCUAUGGCUAUUGCCAAGACUACAAAAAAGAAAAACUAUAUUUGUAUGCAACACUAACCCUUUGACUGCUAAUGUAUGUUUCUGCUUGCUGUGCCUUGUUAUGGCUGCUUUUUUGUGCUAAUAAAGUAUGUUUGGUGUUCUCCUUGUAUAUCUGCUGUUUUAUACAUUUGCAACAAUUUCUCUUAUAAACGGAAUGGUUUGGGGUUUUUAAAUAAGCAUUAACUGACAACCUACUACAGUUAAUGCAGAUUUACUGUACAGUCUAAUACUGACUUAGCAGAACAAGCUAACUCUAAAUUCAAUGCUCUAGUCUAUAUCUUUCCAAUCAUAAUCACAUAUACUGUGGAACAGUAUCAAUAGUUACUGCAAAUUACUGUACAGUUUAGGUUAUAAGAGAAAAUUAACAGAGAAAUAAUAAGCCUAUUGAUUUCUCUGCUUGUAAGCAAAACAUUGAAACUAUCAAAUACAUAUUAUAGUAAAUUAUUAAUCUAUAGCCUCCCAUUGCACCAGAAACAGGUUAAAUGAAGUCUUGUGAACUAGUAAUACAUCAGUACCAUUUAUUGGCUUUAUGGGGACCAUUUUAAUUGAUGAUAAUUAUUACCCAAAAUGUAGAACUUUAACCAAAGACUUGUCCAUUUUAAAGCAGAAUGGGGAUUGAAGGGACUUGUAAUUUAUGUUAUUUCUAAGAGAAGUCCCUAAAGAACGUAUACCAAAGUGUUUGAGAACUUCAUCCAAACCUACUUUAAAGCAUUAUGUGCAAUGAAGUUAUUAUGACAUAAUUAUAUUGCAUAAUUGUUGGGUCCGUUUUCUUGAACUUAUGAUGUACCUGGAAAAUAAACCUCUUGAGAAAAAAAAGUUCAUACUAAUUAUUGGGGAAGGUCUAUAUAUACGAGCAAGAUGAUGUUUUAGAGAGGAAACUUGAAACUCCAAGAAAGCACUUGAUGUUUUUAUAUACUUGUAGCAAAUUGAUGUUCUAAUUGUAGUUUUAUAGGAAGUAUUAAUGCUUUUAUGUAUUUUGGAACUUUCAUAUGUUAAAUGGAAAUUGUUUUAAAUGUGUAACUAUUUGAGUUUAUGUAAGCAUGUAUACACUGUGCUAAAAGUCACUUAUGUUUCAGUUUGUGUAUAAUAUCAAUAUGCAACUUCUGGUUUAAAUUUUUUCCUUUAAAUAUCAGUGGCUUACAUUUUAAAAAACAAAAAUCACCAGCAUGAAAUUGCA